UAGCCUCUGCCCUGGGCACUGAGCGGCCAGUUCAGCUGGGAGGGCACAAGAUCGCCAUUUCCUCUCAGGUCCUGGGGUGCUCUUGAAGUGGUCAGUUGCAUGCUUGCGAGCGGCCGUCCCUGGACCGGAUCAGUGCUGUGCAGGGAGGCUGUGGGCCCGGGAUGCUGGGUGGGGCUGAGUCCAGAAUCUUCCUCCAUUCAGGAGACCGUGGCAGCUGAGCUGUCAUGGGGAGGGAGGAGGGCAAAGGGGCCCUCUUGCCAGGGAGUGGCCUGCACAGGGUGGCUGGUGGUGGGGCACGGACGUGGUGUCACGGGGUCACCUGUUGCAGAGGUAGAAACAGGUUUGUCUUCCCCAGAAAAGACCAGGCAGCUCCUCUUCCGCGGGGCCCGGGCCUGCGCACCCCACGCGUGGGAGGAGGACUGUGAUGUGGCGGGCCUGCCAGAGUCCCCGCCGCCCGGCCGCAUGGGCACCCCCCAGGUCUUGCGGGGGCAGCUGCUGAUUGGACCAGAUGGCCGACUGACGAGGAGCCGCGCCGAGACCGACCUGGCGGGCGUAGCACCGGGAGCCUGCUCUUCGUUGACGCGAGCUGCUGACAGCAAGGCGGCAUGCGGCCAGUGCGCCCUUGCGGACUGCAGCGCCAACCCGGAGAAGCCGCUGUGUGCCGGCUGCGCCGUGCUGGAGGGCUGAGCACCGGACACCGGCAGCCGAGGCCUGGGGCCUGUUUUACAUUUUGUAUUCGUGAUGGCUGUGAAUAAAUAAACUUUAUAUUUGA